UACUAUAAGGUUAGACCAAGUCGAAGCUCAUUUCAUUUGUGGUGGUGCAUCCAUCUGGUCACAUCUACUACAACUACACACAUUAGCCUGCACAACUAAUUCAAGAUGGCUUCUCCAUUUACCAUGGAUACGUCUGGUUUGACCGACGAGGCGAAAGCCAUCGCCGUCAAGGAGCUCAGGGAGACUCCGGAAAACGUAAAGAAGGGAAUCGAAGAACUGAGGGAAUUGCUCAAGAACGACAAUACCAUCCAUUACAGAGACGACGAUGAAUUCCUGAUGAUCUUCUUGAGACCAUGCAAGUUCUACGCCCAGAGCGCAUACGAAUUGAUGAAGAGAAUCGCGAACUUCAAGGAAACGCACAAGGCGCUCCUCGAAAAUCUCUUGCCCGAAGAUGAGAAAAACGCCUUUGUCAACCACAACGUUGUCAACGUUUUGACUAACAGGGAUCAUUUGGGCAGGAGAGUGUUGCUCGUCAAUGUUGGAUCAAGCUGGGAUACCUCGAAAGUAACCUCAGAUCAGCUGUUCCGCAUCUUCUACCUCAUUCACGAAGCAGCCAUCCUUGAGCCGGAGACCCAGGUUCGUGGUUGCGUCGUCAUCAUGGACUUCGACGGUCUCUCCAUGAAACAAGUCAUGGCUAUGAGUCCGGCUUUCAGUAUGAAGCUGUUGAGCUUCAUCCAAGACGCUAUGCCACUCAGGCUGAAGGAAGUGCACAUGGUGAAGCAGCCGUUCAUUUUCAACAUGGUCUGGAACAUCUUCAAGCCUUUCAUCAAGGAGAAGUUGAAGAAGAGGAUCUUCUUCCACGGAAGCAAGAUGUCUUCUCUGCAUAAAUACAUGCAACCGUCUCAUUUACCAAAGAACUACGAUGGACAAAUGCCCGCCAUCAAUUACACUGGUGCCGAUUGGUAUCCGGCCAUCGACUCACACAUCGAACACAUCAAGAACAUGAACAGCUACGGUCUUGUUAAGAAGUAAUUCACACGCACACACACACAUCACAUCAAUUAGCAAAUUAAUUUAUAAAAUAAUUAUGAAAGCAUGUAACUCAACAUUUUUUUUUUUUAGUAAAACUAGAAACUAAGUAAUAAUGUAAUAUUAUAAAUAUAAAAUAAUAUAUGCUCCAUCCAAAGACAUUCCACUUUAUGUACAUUAUGCAAUAUUGAAAGGGUUUUUAAAACAAUUUUUACAUUUAUAUGUUAAUGUUUAAUUGAAAUAUAUAAUUUUUGAUAAAUUA